CGUGAACAUCGGAGCUGGCGGCAGCAACUCGGGACACAUCAAGAUGGUGGCCGGACAGGACGGCCAGCGCCGAGAAAAGCGCUGCAGUUUCGGAGGUUGCCGCGUUAACAUCGGGGGCAGUAACUCCGGUAGCAUCAGCCUCCUCGCCGACAAAGCCCAGCCGGCCCCCACCACAGGCCCUACCCAGAGCUCGGAGGGCGCCCUGGCGCGGACCAAGCGUUGCUCCUUCGGCGGCUGCAGCGUCACCAUUGGGCGCGGCGGCAGCAACUCCGGCUCCAUCCGCCUCCUCACCGAGCCCUCCGAACCAUCUGCCAACCUGCUGGCUUCCGGGGACGCUCUCCUCACGAGAAACAGGAGGUGCAACUUCGCCGGAUGCAGGGUCCACGUCGGCGGCAGCAACUCUGGCAGCAUUAAGAUGCUGCAGGAGAACAACGGGCUGGCCGCCGCGGCCUCCUCGACGGAGGAGCGCUCUACGGAGGCAUCAGCGGAGACUAAGACGCGGUCAAAGCGCUGUUCCUUCGGGGACUGCACUGUCACCAUCGGCGGCCGCAACACGGGCACGGUCAUUGGGGCGCGUCGUGUCAUAGAAGGAGCCAGGCCGAUGGUAAGCGCUGAAGGUGAUUACGAAUCAAAGACCAACCAGUAUUAUCCCACACGAUCAAAUAACAACCCCGAAUACUACAAUAACCCUGCCUCACAAAGGCGCUGUUCUUUUGGGCAAUGCGUGGUCAGCAUACCCGGAAACAACAAUGAAGAUAUUUACUUCUGAUUUUUUUUGUCAAGACGGUUGGGCUAGUAUGUGUGUACCUUGCUGUAUGUCAGGGCUCCGGCACAUUAGUAUUGCGAGAUUGCGAACCGAAGGGUCCUGCAUGCUUGACGCGUGGAGCGAGUAGGCAAACUCACAAACUGUUGAGUCGUCGCCCUAACACACGGUGUACACUUGUACUAGCCUAUAAUAGACCCUUUUAGCAAAAGCGAAGUGAAGAGCAGGGUGAGGGACAACCGACAGGAAACAACUGCUUAAACUACCUAAACUAAAAACGAUUACUUGUGGGUCGUUCUAGUUUCGAUACUGUUCACAGUUUACUAGCUCUAGGCCUUGCCCUAUGUAUCGAGCCGAUCCUACGACUAUUUUAGCAGAAAGAGAAGGAAUACUCCGGCACUUACAAAGAAUAUAUCUAUCAUACCGUUUACAGGUUAUUCGCGCCUUGUUGUAAAAGUGUGUCCAACAACAUUCCAGAAUAGAUGGCAUAAUCCAAGAUUAAAUGGCGUUAAUUACGUUUAUCACGGCCAAGCAGAUUUACACUGAGAUUUGAAGUAUUUAGCGUGACUGUCCAUAAAAUUACUAUAUACCACUCAAAUCCUUCUAAAAUUUACUGUGUUCAAGUGUUUCUUUUUUUAAAACCAUUCGCAAAUUAUAAUUCAAAGCAGAAUUUGUACCGUUCUCAAACUGUAAGUGCAGAGGUUUAUUACACCCCUUUACCGGUUGAAGAUUGAUCACUAGAAAAACGUGCUGUUACUAUAAUAAAAUAUGUUUUAUAUACAUUUAUGCGAACAAUAAACCUAAAGUGAGUGAUUUGGCUGAAAAUAAUUAAGAAAUGUACUUGACAAUAUUAAAUCAGAAACAUUUUGUUUCGACAACCAAAACCAAAUUAAAUUCAAGUGUAACAUCUUGUGCAACACGCUGAUCCUCUAUUCUAGCUUCCUUUUCUUCGGAAGAGGUUGGUCAGCUUCUGGAACUGAAACAGUAGAAAAUCAACUUCAUACCACUUUUGCAUUUAUAAGAAUAAAAUUGUUAUUACUUA